AUGAAAUUUAUAAAAAAAUUUGAUCCUAGCCAUAGAAAAUCUAUAGAUUAAGUCCAUUUGUGAGAGGAUGUGUUUUUUAAGAUGCCAAUAAUGCCAUAUAAAUUUUACAUCUUAAGCAACAGUACUAUUCGUUUGAUUGGUGUUCUAUUCAUCAUUUCUCUGUAUUUCUAAAUUAGAUCAAAUAUUUGAGCAAAUGUCUAUCAAAAGUGUAUUUAUUCAUAAGGAUGUUAGGUUAAUCCACACAAGUUAUGACAGAUUUAGCUACACUUGAAAGGGACUAUGAGGAAUUCGAAAACAAGAGAACUAGAAGAAAUAGGGGAAACCAGUCAGAUUAAAUUGAUUUACUAUAUCAAAAUCCUUACAUAAAUUAAAGAAUUUUUUUAUUUAAAUGAGAGAAAUCAUUUCAUUUCAUUUUGGAUAAUCUGGAGCCCAACUAGCAAGUCCAAUUUGGGAGCUAUAUUGUUUAGAACAUGGUAUCAAUUUGGAUGGAUCAGUUUCAAAUACUUCUGAAAUUUAAGAGAAUGACACAAAUCGAAAAAUAUUAUUUUCUGAAACUCAAAAUAGUGGUUAUGUACCAUUAGCUUAUAUAGCUGAUGAUGAUGAUUAAAGUAUUGAUCAAAUUAAAGAUGGUUAACUUAAAAAAUUGUUUUCAACUAAAUUUUUAUAAGAAUUUAAAGGAGAUUCAGGAAGUAUUUGGGCUUCAAGUUAUAAAAAUGCUCAAGCUUCAGAAAUUUUUAGAAAUCAAAUUCAAUAAUUAUUAGAUAAAUGUGAUUCAUUAUAAGGCAUCAUGAUAUAUCAUUCUGUUAGUGGUGGUUUUGGGGGAAGCUAUGCAUCCUAUUUAUUAAAUGAGUUCGAGGAUGACUUUUCCAAGGUAAUAAAAUCAACCGUUUCUUUGCUUUCAUCAGAUUAGAGUUCAACAUCAACAAUUGUGGAGCCAUAUAACUCAGUUUUCACUAUAAAUUAAUUAAAGUAAUACUCUAAUUUUAACAUAUUUAUUGAUAACUCAGCACUCUCUCAGGUAUGUGAGCGAUAAUUGGAUAUUGAUUGGGCUAAUUUUGGCAUUUUAAAUAAAAUGAUUGCUUAGAUGAUAGCAUCCAUUACAUCUACAUAAAGACUUAAUUCUGAAAAUUUCGUAGAUCUAUAAGACAUGUAUUAAAAUCUUGUUACACUACCAGAAUUGCAAUUUUUACACACGUCUUAUGCUCCUUUUAUUCAAAGAGACAAAUAAAAUUCAUAAAGUUUUAAUUUACUUUAAAUCUCUUAAGCCCUGUUUAAUGAAGCAGGGUCAUUUAUUAAAUUUACUCCUAGUCCAUCGUAAUAUUUUGGAGUGAAUUUAUUUUAUCGAGGAGAUUGUUCUUACUCAGAUCUACAAGGCACUAUAAAUGAACUUAAGAAUUCUAGAUGCAUUAAUUUCGCAGAUUGGGUACCAAUCAAUUAUCAAGUUGCUUUGAGUUCUAAAAGCACAAUUCAAUUCCAUAAUACCGAACUAGGAAGAGUAAAUAAAACUGCUAGUUUAGUGGCUAAUUCAACACGUAUAUUAAAUCCCUUAAAGAAUAUUUAAUCAAGAUUUAAGAAUUUGUAUCAAAAGAAGUGCUUUAUUCAUUGGUUUUUAAAGAAUUCUUAGAUGGAGGAGUCAUAAUUUGUAAAUGGUUUAGACUUCUUUUCAUCCUUAAUAUCAAAUUAUGAAUAAUCAAUCUCACAAUAUAUAAAUCAAGAAAAAUAAAAUGUAGAAGAUGAAUCUUCAAUCGAGGAUGUUGAGGAGAUAAAUAAAUGA